AUGGUCCCAAUUAGUUUUAAUCGUAUUGAUCCGUUAUUUAUGUAUACACAAUUGUUAAAAGAAGCACUUUUAGAUAUACAAGAUGAUGAUGAAAAAUCAAUUAAAGAAUUUACUGAAUACUGUCGCACUCAAAAGGAUGUUUCCAAAACAACUAUUGAAAAGAUCGAGCGAGAGUAUCGAGAUCAUUCACCCAUUUGGUGGUACACGGGUCCAUAUUUUAUCUACUCAAUGCUCAAUUAUGGUCUUCGGCAAAUGGAUGUUGAUAUUAUCCUGAAGAUGGGUUUCUUCAUUCGCCAUUUACAUAAUCAUAUUACAGAAUUACAUCGUCAACAAGAAAAAAACACGCCAAAACAUUUUCAAGUCUUUCGAGGACAAGAAAGAUUUGCACGACCAGCUACAAAGAAUCCCAAUUCAGUUGGUAUUCUCUUCGUUAUCAAUACUGACACGGAUAUUUGCAAAAAAUCAUCAACACCAUUUGCCGAAAAAACUCUCCCUCCGAAUCAUCCCGACUUGGCUAGUUCCUAUAACAACAUCGGUAUGGUGUAUUAUAACAUGGGCGAGCACUCGAAAGCACUUUCAUCGUACGAACGAUCACUUGAAAUCAAAAAAAUAGCUCUCCCUCCGAAUCAUCCCAGCUUGGCCUCUUCCUAUGGAAACAUCGGUCUGGUGUAUGAUAACAUGGGCGAGUACUCGAAAGCACUUAUAUCGUACGAACGAGCACUCGAAAUUCAGAAAAUAGCUCUCCCUUCGGAUCAUCCCGAGUUGGCUUCUUCCAACAACAACAUCGGUAACGUGUAUCAUAGCAUGGGCGAGUACUCGAAAGCACUUUCAUCGUAUGAACGAUCACUUGAAAUUCGGAAAAUAGCUCUCCCUCCAAAUCAUCCCGACUUGGCUCAGUCCUGCAACAACAUCGGUAAUGUGUAUGAUAACAUGGGCCAGUACUCGAAGGCACUUACGUCGUACGAACGAGCACUUGAAAUCCGAAAAAUAGCUCUUCCUCCAAAUCAUCCCGACCAGGCUCAAUCCUACAACAACAUGGGUAAUGUGUAUCAUAAGAUGGGUGAGUACUCGAAAGCACUUACAUCGUACGAACGAUCACUUGAAAUUCGGAAAAUAGCUCUCCCUCCGAAUCAUCCCGAGUUGGCUGGUUCUUUCAACAACAUCGGUGGAGUGUAUUGUAACACGGGCGAGUACUCGAAAGCACUUUCGAUGCUCGAACGAGCACUGGAAAUCGCGAAAAUAGCUCUCCCUCCGAAUCAUCCCGACUUGGCUGGUUCCUCCAACAACAUCGGUAUUGUGUAUCUUAACAUGGGCGUGUAUUCGAAAGCACUUUCAUCGUUCGAACGAUCACUUGAAAUGCAAAAAAAAGCUCUCCCUCCGAAUCAUCCCGACUUGGCUAGUUCCUAUAACAACAUCGGUAUGGUGUAUGAUAACAUGGGCGAGUACUCGAAAGCACUUUCAUCGUACGAACGAGCACUUGAAAUCAAGAAAAUAGCUCUCCCUCCGAAUCAUCCCAGCUUGGCUAUGUUGUAUGUCACGUUUAUUUGCCGUUCUGUUUGCUUCAGUGACAAAAAUUUUUCCAUCAUGUCCAAUUUUCAAAUAAACAUAAAUCAAGUAAAACGACAAUCGAGUUUCAUGGAACCUUUCGACGUAGAAAUAAAGAAACAAAGGACAAUAUCACAAAAUGAAAAGAUAUUAAUCACUACAAUCGAAAAUUUAUCAAAUGAAGUUUUUUAUGAAAUUUUUGAUUAUCUCGAUGGUUGCUGUAUUUAUAAAGCAUUUUCUAAUCUUAAUAAUCGUUUUCAGCUCGAAUCGUAA